CCACAUUCGCAACACUCGUCCUGUCCCUCAUUGCUACGUCUGCAGUAUCUGCGCUCGUCGUUCCUCGCACAUCUGCCCCUCAAGGCUGGGACACCUCAGCUCUUGAGGUUUGUCAAUCUAUCCCUUGUGAAUUAUGACCCUGUGUCCUGACACCGUUUCUCAGCCCUAUGACACCUACCACUGUAGAUAUGUUGCAAUCCAGUGCCAGACCCAGCACAACACGCAAUUCUUUUCUGACUGCUGCCACCCCCUUGCGGCCGGCGAGAGCGCUAGCGCUCUUCCCGCUCAGUGCCAGAUGCCCUCUGGUGUCACCUGCAGCAAUGGUGAACCUGUAUCGAAUGCUUCUCCUGCAUCCUCUGCCCCCGUCGCUGCCCCUGCUCCGACUACCACCUCUACCACGGAGGCAGUAUCGACGACCGCGCCAUCGACUGGUUCUAGCGACAGCAGCCUGAACUAUGGCGGAUAUGCAACUUACUUCUACCAGGAAGGCAACCCAGGCGCAUGUGGAACAGUUCACUCUGAUUCUGACUUCAUCUGCGCUAUGGAUCAAUCUCGUUAUGGCAACUCUGGCAAUACUUCCCCUCUUUGUGGUCAACAGGUCCAAAUCACCAAUCAGAUCAACGGCAACACUGUCGUGGUUACGAUUGCUGAUGACUGCCCGACUUGUCAGAACUCGAACUCCAUCGACCUUUCUGUUGCUGCCUUCCAAGCUCUAGACGACCUCUCCGUCGGCGAUCUUCCCAUUACCUGGAAAUUCCUUAAUUAGUUGUCUCUUAGCAGACACUGUGUGCCUCUUCCAUUGUUCACUGUUUUCUUUGUCGCAUUGAUGCGUUAUUUGGUUUGACGGGCUAGUCCCGUUGGAGCGUGGUAGCUGGCCUUGGCGUUCAGGACAUC